UACUGGUAAAAACAAAAAAAAAAAAAAUUCGCAACGCAUUGGGCAGCAUGUCGUCAUGGAAAAAGCUUACCAGAUCCAUCGACCCCAAAAGUCCUUUCUUCUUCUUCUUCCUUUUAUCUCCUUCCAGUGGGAGGGUUCGCGGACGAUCUCGGUGUUUCAGUUUGGGGAAAAUGUAUUUGUAGACGAAAAACAAAGUGAGAGUGAGAGAGACGGUGGUUUUGUUGAGGUAUAAAGUUAGAGAAAGAAAAAGACAAGGGGCCGGAUUGGUCUGUCAUUUUACCAGCAAAGACUUGAGCUAGCGGCAUCAUCAGUGAACGGACAAUCGACCUCAAAGUGACAGAAUUUCAAUACCAUGCUGCUACUGCCUACCAGAUUCGAUAGUGCCAGUUGAUAAAUCUUGCAUAAAUCCUCACUUGUUUAGAGUAUGCAUUCCUGCAUAGAAGAGAUGAAGAUAUAAAGUUGACUACAAUAAUAGAUGCAGAAAGACUUGGUUUGAGGUCAAAAGACACGCCAUGCAGUUUGUUUGGUAUUCUCUUAUUGGUUUAUUUUGAACUUGGGAUGUAUCAAACCCCACCUCACACUUCAGUACUUGAGCCGAGGAAAUCGAGCUCCAUCCACUUCACAAAUGCCAAAAGUUCUGAUUUUCCUUAUAACGAAGAGUGUGGGAGCACCAUGGUUAUAAAGGCAUACCCAAUAGGUAUGGUACGUGCAACAGAUAAUGUCAAUGGAGAGGAGGAAGGAGAGACUAGACCUGAACCUCAUGUGGGGUUAGAGUUUGAUUCAGCAGAUGAUGCACGUGAUUUUUACAGUCUAUAUGCAAAUCGAAUGGGCUUUAAGAUUCGGAUAGGUCAGCUGUAUCGAUCGAGGACUGAUGGGUCAGUUGCUUCUCGAAGAUUUGUGUGCUCGAAGGAGGGGUUUCAGCUCAAUUCACGAACAGGCUGUCCCGCAUUCAUAAGGGUACAAAGACGUGAUUCUGGCAAGUGGGCGAUUGACCAUUUCCAGAAGGAUCACAAUCAUGAUCUUGAACCUACGGGUGAAAACUGCCCUCUCUUUAUGCAGCAGAAGACACUUGUAGUUAAGAAUUUGGUGGCUGAUGUAAGCCAUAAGCCAAAAGUCAAAUUGCUCAAGGAAGUAGGGGAUGGACGGCCAUGCUCAUCUGGCAUUAUUAAUGGUAAACGUGUUAAAAGGGACGGAAAUGAAGGGCAAUUCAAAGAUGAACCUUAUGGGGGUCUAAAAUUCAAUUCAGCUAGUGAAGCAUAUGGAUUUUAUCAUGCAUAUGCAGCAAAUAAAGGAUUUAGAGUUCGGAUUGGACAAUUGUUUCGCUCGAAGCUUGAUGGGUCAAUUACAUCCAGGCGAUUUGUGUGCUCAAAGGAAGGCUUUCAGCACCCUUCACGAGUAGGUUGUGGGGCAUUUAUGCGGAUUAAGAAAGAAGAUUAUGGAGGGUGGGUAGUGGACCGUCUUAAAAAAGAUCAUAAUCAUGAUCUUGGGUGUCCAAUGGAAGCGCAUAAGAAAAGCUUUAAUGCUUCAAAUAAAUUUGUAGAGGAGGUUGGUGGUCUGUUGGAAAAUAAUGAUUUUGUUAGCAUAUUUAAUGGCAGCAUUGUCAAAAGAUGUCGAGAAAACCACAUUGGAAGUGAUUGGUACAGUAUACUUUUUGAGUAUUUUCAAUGCAGACAAGCAGAAGACACAGGUUUCUUUUAUGCAGUUGAAGUUAAUAAUGGCAAGUGCAUGAGUAUUUUCUGGGCUGAUGGCAGAUCUAGAUUUUCAUGCAGUCAGUUUGGUGAUGCGAUUGUUCUAGAUACUUCAUACAAGAACAGCUUAUAUUUGGUUCCUUUUGCUACUUUUGUUGGAGUUAACCACCACAAGCAACCAGUGCUCCUUGCCUGUGCUUUGAUUGCUGAUGAAUCUAAGGAAUCUUACACUUGGUUAUUUAAAACUUGGCUUAGGGCAAUGUCAGGGCGAUAUCCACUGUCAAUAAUAGCUGAUCAAGACAAGGCCAUCCAACAAGCAGUAGCGGAAGUCUUUCCUGGGACCCAUCAUCGUUUUUCAUUGUGGCAAAUUAAGGCAAAAGAAAAGGAGUUUCUCAGUUUAAUGGAUAAUGCAUUUAAAUGUGAGUACGAAAAUUGCACUCUAAAGAGUCAGACGGCCGAUGAAUUUGAUACAGCAUGGAAUGCCCUUCUCAACAAAUAUGGCUUGAAGGAGAAUGCUUGGCUGACAGAAAUGUAUGAAAAGCGUGCAAGUUGGGUACCGGUUUACUUACGGGGCACAUUUUUUGCUGGAAUCUCCAUGAAUGAAAGCAUUGAGUCAUUCUUUGGCACAGCUGUGAAUGCCCAAACGCCAGUCUUAGAGUUCGUGUCUAGAUAUGAGAGAAUUCUUGAGCGGCGUCGUGAGGAAGAGAGGAACAAGGACUUUAACUCUUUUAACUUACAGGCCUUUUUGCAGACAAAAGAACCAGCAGAAGAACAAUGUAGAAGAUUAUACACACUUACUGUGUUUAAGAUAUUUCAGAAGGAGCUUCUGCAAAGCUAUAGUUAUCUUGGAUUUAAGAUUUAUGAAGAAGGAGCCACCAAUAGAUACUUGGUGCGGAAGUGUGGGAAUGACUAUGAGAAAAACAUGGUUACUCUCUGUGCAUCCAAUCUCAACGUGAGUUGCAGCUGUCAAAUGUUUGAAUUUGAAGGCGUGCUGUGCAGACAUAUUCUGAGAGUUCUCCAAAUAUUAGACGUGCGAGAAAUUCCGUCUCGCUACAUCUUACAUCGGUGGACAAGAAAUGCUGAAUACGGUAUUGUUCGUGAUGUUGAAUCAGGGGGUACUUCUCAAGAACCUAAAGCUCUGAUGCUGUGGAGUUUAAGAGAGACAGCAUGUAAAUACGUAGAGGCUGGUUCAACAUCUCUUGAAAAGUACAGACUUGCCUACGAGAUUAUGAGAGAGGGUGGAAGAAAGCUUUGUUGGCAAAGGUAAACAACCUAAACAAUUGCUGGGCAUCUCUUUAGCACAAUUUUUUUUUUUUUUUUUUGUAGUUUGAAUGACAUGGGUGGCUAGGUUUCUCUAUGGCAACUUAUGUAACAUAGACCAUCGAGCUACCAUGGAAAAGAAUACUUCUCCUUCUGUUCAAUUUUCAAAGAUGUGAAAUAUGCAUGGGUUUCGAUUGCCAUUUAUUUUUUAUUAUGAAAUCCAAUCCCCGGAUGGACUCGGGAUUUAUACUGU